GUAACAUCUUGUGUCACAGCUUUGUUGGAUGCCAAGGGCGUGCCAGAUGAACCUUAUGCGCAGGUGCCAGCUGGUGCGGAGGGCGUUUGUCAGCAGCUUCAGCAGCACAACUACAUCCAAAUUGCACCUGUCAGCCCUGCCAACCCCGCAUUGCUUGCUCGCCUCACAGAGUUAGGAAUGACGAAAUUGCGUGUGGUAAGUUCACUGCAUGAGCCUCAGCCUGUCUGUAGUUUCAACCAAAAGCCGUACUCACAGUGCGAUCUCAUGGAGUUUCUCUUGGCUUUGGAAGAUCAGGGCUGGGCUUGGAAGAAAUUACCUUCUAAGACGGCAACUCGGCCGUCGCUUGUGUACAGUGCCGGUGACCCCAAAAUUUGGUAUUCCCAGUCCCACAAUGUUUCAAAGCAAUACCUGCAGUGCUUGCUGGAAGCAGAUAGAAUCUUUCGUGCAGGCAAUGUAGAUGCCAUCCCACAUUGGGCCUCUCAGCCAGCAAAGGUUUACGGGGCUAUUCUCAAAGGUGAGAAGCCGCAGAUUGCUCAGCCGAGCUUGGAGAGUUUGGAAGAUGAUCUUGAAGGCGAGGGGGUUGUGGACCGGCUUCUUGAUGGGCAACAUGAAGAACACUCUGCUGCUGGCCGAAGGCAGCAACUGCAGCUGCGUGAUUCAGGUCUGCCAGUUGAUGAACUGGAGGACGACGAAAUUGUGCAAGAGCUUCAGCGCCUUCUUGACGAGGGAUCAGGUAGUGAAGCCAGUGGAGCAUGUGAUUUGGAAGUGGAACCCCGCCCGGCUCCUGCAGGUCCCGAGCUCCUUGAUCCUGUGCCAGACCCUCCCCCUCCCCCCCUAGCUCAGAUGCACCACGCAGGCCACGCGGACAGGCUGCUGCAAGAGCAGAUGAUUCUGAUGUUGAUUCACUAG